CAUAUCGAUAGUCGUAUACGAUUUAAAGCACGUGUUAGAUUUAAAUGACAUUUACAAAUAUUUACAUUAGUUUUUAUUAAAUUACGUAAACAAAAGUAGUAUUGUUUUAUGUUAAUUACAAAUUAAUUAACUAAUUUGUAAUUGAAUAACUUGUAAAUGUUGCAAAAAUUACAUUUAUUUAAUGAUCAAAAAAUUGGUUAUGUUUCUUGAUUUUUAUAAUUGAAAACAAUUUUCUAUAGCAGUUGUUUUAUUAUUAUUAAUAUUCAAAAUAAAAGUCAAAGAAGAAUGAUUAUUCUACGAAGGAGCUUUUCACAUUUGAUGAAAUAUCUACGAUAUAAAACUUCCAACAUCUCCAGAAAUGUGUGCAAUUCAGGAGAAAUGUCCUCAAUUACAUUUAGAAAAAGUGAUUACAUUGUUUGGAUGGAUAUGGAGAUGACGGGUCUUAAUCCACAAGAGAAUAAAAUUUUAGAAAUAGCUUGUCUUGUUACUGAUGGCAAUUUAAAAACAGUCAGUAAUGAAUUUCAAGUUGUAAUUCAUCAAUCAGAUGAAGAACUCACUGGAAUGGAUGAAUGGAACACAAAGCAUCAUAGAAAGUCUGGAUUAAUAGAUGCUUCUAGAAAGAGUACAAUAACAAAUAAUGAUGCUGAAUUAAUGAUGUUACAAUUUUUAGAAAAAUAUUGUCCAUAUAAAACUUGCCCUCUUGCUGGAAAUUCUAUUUAUAUGGAUCGAACAUUUCUCAUGGCACAAAUGCCUUUAGUUCAUGAAUAUUUACAUUAUAGAAUAAUUGACGUUUCUUCUAUCAACGAAAUCGUAAGACGUUGGAAUCGCAAUAUCUAUGAUGAAAGACCGCAAAAAUGUUUUAAUCAUCGAGCACUUUCUGAUAUUCAAGAAAGUAUAGAUGAAUUAGAUUAUUACAGAAGGUACAUGUUUAAACCAAAUUGUAAUGAGUCAUGAAUUUAAUUUCUUUUUAAUUAAAUUAAUUUUAAUCGAAUUUACUUUCUUUUAAGUAUAUAUUAUAAAAAUUGUACAGAACGAAUUUUUUAUAUAUAUUAAAAAAAACAAAAUGAAA